AUGCUCAACACGAAGGACUACAAUGCCUUGAGCCUGGCCCAGCCCACGAACUUCAAGGGCAUGCUGAAGUCCGGCGAGCUGCUCUGGGGCACUGGAUGUCGAAUCCCCCAUCCAGAGGCGGCACGAGUUGUUGCUGCGACGCCGUACCAUUUCUGUUUCUUGGACGCGGAACAUGCGCCUCUCAACGCAACCCUCCUCGUCAGUUUGAUCCGAACAAUCCAAUACCACUCUAAUGGCUCCAUGGUACCCUUCGUCCGAAUCCCAAGAUGCUCACCCGAGCUGUACAACUACGCUCUGGGCGCUGGCGCUGGCGGAGUGGUUAUGCCACACGUCCAGAAUGCAAAACAGGCAGAGGAGUUGGUGCGGCUGUGCCGGUUUCCACCGCUGGGGGGCCGCAGCUUCCCCCCUGCAGCUCUGAUCGGCGAGCAGCAGAACCGAACCCCAGAAGGAAAGACAACGUAUGACGUGUGGGAUGAACAUGCCGCUGUGAUUUGCCAGAUUGAAGAUCUAGAGGGGCUGGAGAAUGUCGAAGAGAUUUGCCGAGUCCCAGGUGUGGACGGUCUGUUCGUUGGCACAGGUGAUCUGCGCAUGUGUCUGAACCUAGCCCACGGGUCGCUCGACGGCGAUGAAGCCAUCUUUCUCUCUGCGCUUCGCAAGAUCCGAGAUGCGGCAAAGGCCAAUCACCUUCCCAUUAUGGGAUUCGGCAUCUCACCUUCCGCGGUGGAGCUUAGGAGGGAGAUGGGCUGGAAUGCGUUCAUCAUCCAUGGGGACAUUGAUGCCAUCUGCACGUCGGCCGUCCAGUCUUUGCAGACGUACACUGAUGCGGCCUCUGGAGCUGGGGCCAACGGGUGUCCAUCCGUGCGAGGGAAGAAUGGUGGGCCAGCCUUGAGGUAG